GUGCAGGUGUCGGGGCUGAAGGGGGACGAGGUGCGCGUGCGGCAGGACAGCGUGGCGCGGCUGCUGGCCGACAUGCAGGCCAUGAGGGGCAAGCAGGACAGCCUGGACUCGCGGCUGCUCGCCAUGAAACACGAGAACGAGGCGCUGUGGCGGGAGGUGGCCAGCCUGCGCCAGAAGCACGCCCAGCAGCAGAAGGUGGUCAACAAGCUGAUCCAGUUCCUGAUCUCGCUCGUGCAGUCCAAUCGCAUCCUGGGCGUCAAGCGGAAAAUCCCGCUGAUGCUGAACGACGGCGGCUCCGCGCAUUCCAUGCCCAAGUACAGCCGGCAAUAUUCCCUGGAACACGUCCACGGCAACUCCCCCUACGCCGCUCCGUCCCCGGCCUUCGGCGGCUCCGCUCUGUAUUCCCCGGAUUCCGGCGCCAAUUCCGGCCCCAUCAUCUCGGACGUGACCGAGCUGCCCCCGUCCAGCCCCGAGGCCUCUCCCGGCGGGAGCCUGGACGGGAGGAGCAGCCCGGUGAUCCGGAUCAAGGAGGAGCCGCCCAGCCCCACGCCCAGCCCGCACGUGGAGGAGCCCAACCCCGGCAACGCCGCCAAUCCCGGGAAUUCCGGGAAUUCUGGGAACGCCGCGCCGGGAGCCGAGACCCCCCUGUCCCCCUCCACCUUCAUCGACUCCAUCCUGCGGGAAAACGAGCCCGGAGCCGCUCCCGGCAAUCCCCAAUCCCAGGAAAAGUGCCUGAGCGUCGCCUGCCUCGACAAGAAUGAGCUGAACGAGCACCUGGACACGAUCGACUCCAGCCUGGACAAUCUGCAGGCGCUGCUGAGCUCGCACGGCUUCAGCGUGGACAGCGCGCUGCUGGACCUCUUCAGCCCGUCCAUGGCGGUGCCGGACGUGACCCUGCCGGACCUGGACAGCAGCUUGGCCAGUAUCCAGGAUCUCCUCUCGUCCCAGGAGCAGCAGAAGCCGACAGAGGCCGAGGCCAGCGCGGGGGACUCCGGGAAGCAGCUGGUGCCCUGCACGGUGCAGCCGCUCUUCCUGGUGGAUUCCAGCGCCGUGGACGUCGGAUCCGGGGAUCUUCCCAUCUUUUUCGAGCUGGGGGAGGGGGCCGUGCUUCCCGGACGGCGACGAAUAUCCCGAGGAGUAUCCCGAGGAGUAUCCCGAGGAUCCCGCGCUGCUGCCGGGCCCGGAGCCCGCCCACGCCCAAGGACCCGGCCGUGUCCUAAGGCGGGAGCAGGACAAGGACAGGGACAGGACCGGGAAAAGGACCCGGAAAAGGACCGGGAAAAGGACCUGGAAAAGGACCGGGAAAGGACCCUGGAAAAGGACCUGGAAAAGGACCUGGAAAAGGACCGGGAAAAGGGAAGCGACUCCUCCUGCUUCGCACAGACCCCGGAGCCGCCGCUCCCCACGGAGCAUCCCGGGGAAUCCUGGAGCAUCCCUGGAGAUCGUGGGAUGGGUUCCCAGGGGAUUCCGGAGCAUCCUGGAGGAUCCCAGAGGACCCCGAAGGGAUCCCAGAGCAUCCUGGAGGAUCCCGGGAGAUCCCGGAGGAUCCCAGGAGAUCCCGGAGCAGCUCAGAGCAUCACAAGGGAUUCCAGAGCAUCCCAGAGGACCCCGGAGGGAUCCCAGAGCAUCCUGGAGGAUCCUGGGAGAUCCCAGAGCAUCACAAAGGAUUCCAGAGCGUCCCAGAGCAUCCCGGAGCAUCCCAGAGGACCCCAGGAGAUCCUGGAGGAUCCUGGGAGAUUCCAGAGUAUCCUGGAGCAUCCCAGAGGACCCCAGGAGAUCCCGGAGCAUCCUGGAGGAUCCUGGGAGAUCCCGGAGCAUCCCAGAGAAUCCCGGAGCAUCUCAGAGGAUCCCAAGGGAUCCCAGAGCAUCCUGGAGGAUCCCGGGAGAUCCCGGAGCAUCCCAGAGAAUCCUGGAGCAUCCCAGAGGACCCCAGGAGAUCCCAGAGCAUCACAAAGGAUUCCAGACCGUCCCAGAGAAUCCCGGAGCAUCCCAGAGCAUCCCAGAGGACCCCAGGAGAUCCCGGAGCAUCCUGGAGGAUCCCAGGAGAUCCCAGAGCAUCACAAGGGAUCUCAGGAGAUCCCGGAGCAUCCCAGAGGACCCCAGAAGAUCCCGGAGCAUCCUGGAGGAUCCCAGAGCGUCCUGGAGCAUCCUGGAAAAUCCCAGAUCAUCCCGGAGCACCCCAGCGAAGAAUCCCAAAGGAUCGCAGAGGAUCCCAGCGGAUCCCUCGGUUCCUGUGCUCCUGAGGCGUUCCCAAAUCCCAAAGUUCCGGCAUCGGAGCCGCGCCGCAGCCGGAUCCGCCCCCGCCGGGAGCGCCGGGAAUGGGGCCCUUCCCGGGAAAAGGGGGAUCCCGAGGGAAUGAGGGGCGGGGGAAGUGGUCCCGGGGGGGAUCUCCCGGGGAUCCGCGGGGAUCUGGAGAGCCACGGAGCCCUGGGAUCCUGUGGGAGCUGAAAUCCAGGGAUCCCC